AUGUUAUCGGCAAAAGCAAAAACAUACGAAUCAAAAUUUGAAGAACAUAGAUGCAAUGGAGAGUGGCAAGCUAUUCCUGAGGCAGCCCGAAAACUGAACAAGCACUAUCCUUCUAAAUCAUAUAUUUGUGAUUUAGCUAGAAUUGAAGCUGCGCUUCGUUUAGCCUUACAAGAUGAACAAGAAAAGCGAAUGGCAAAUAUUGAUUUAUCUUCCGUUGAAAACUGCUCCAUCUUUAUACCGACCCUUUCUACUGAACGUACAGAUCCUCUUUUGCAACAGUUGAAUCAUUUGGGUACACAACGAGCUUCUGAAGAAGAGAAACUUCAAGAGAUCCCUAUUCGAUUAUUAUUGUAUAUUUCAAGACAUAACUUCCAGGAUGCCGUGGAUCUUGACUGGUCCCCAGAUGGAUUAAACUUAUCACCGGGCAUUAUUGGUAUCAGCAUAUUACAAGCAACCAUCCUUUCUUCGUUGGCUCACUUUUUCAUAUCUAAUUAUGAGGUUUCGUAUCAGUACAUUAGAUCUGCUAUUGGUAUGAUUCAGCGAGUCAGUGACAAGGAUACCGUCCCUCUUGAAUGGGCCAAAUGGUGUGAACUUUGCUACGCCGUAUACGCACAAACUUCAUCUAUAUCUAGUGCCAGUCAACUGGAUAGAGCUUCGAUUUUGGGUCUAUGUUCAGAUUACUUUGCCUCUCACACAAUAAGUGAUCCCUUGACUCGUAUCGUAUAUUUUAGGCAAAUUUUGAAAUUCUCUCACACAUUAUUCCAUGAAAACAAGAUCGACUCACCUAUUUUUGAGAAAAGCCAAAUUCAAAAGUUACAUCUUCAAGACUUGACGUUUUCACUUGAUUAUGCUAAGUACUUACUCGAGUAUACUUCGUUUCCAAGAGCAGGUGAUCAGAACCUUUUAAUUGCUGAGUAUGUAGAAUCAACGAUGUCCAUUUGGGUUAGUACGGGACAGCAUUAUACGCAAGCCGUGAACCUGAUAAAUAUAUUAUAUAGAUUGACAGAGAAAUCUUUUCACUGUCAGCAAAUAUUUCGAUCAUUGGUGAUUUUGUUGACUCAUAUAGAAGAGCACGAAGAAGCUCAUCAAGCAUUCCAGUUAUAUAAGUUUUUGUGCACCAAAGCACAGGAACGUAACUCCCGACAAAAAGCAACUAACAAGAGCUCAUUAUCUGACUUGAAGCCAAUUUUUAUUGAUCCCGUGGGACAGAUCAUUCAUAUUGCUUCCUUGAUGAUUUCCGUUUAUUCCCAAUACUUAAAUUCUCCUCAAAAAGUUAUCGAAACCUUAGACUUUAUUAUGAAGUUAAGUGCUGAUAAUGAAUUCUUAGAAAACUCGCCCACGUUUACUUUAGUUCUUCAUGCUAAAGGGGUGGCCAACUCAUUCCUCUAUUACAGUACAAAUGAUCCCAACACUAGAGAAGAAAAGCAUGAAGAAAGUAUCUUCUGUUUUAAAAAAAUUCUUGAAAUUGAACCAGAUAAUGAAACUGCUCUUUACCAUUUAGCUAUGCAGCUUGCAGAAAAGCGAGAAAUUGUACCAGCUGUUGAGACUAUCAGAUAUCUUUUGAAAAUAGCACCUAACUAUAGUAUAUCGGCUUGGCAUCUUUUGAUAUUGCUAUUGUCAUGUUCUGAACAAUACGAUUCAGCUCUUAAAAUUGCUGAUAGCGUUCUAGAAUCCUGGAACAUCAAAAAAAACUCUAUAGAUGGAAGUUACACGUUAGCAAAUCCAUCCGAAAUCACUUUCAUGAAUCGUUGUGCUUUGAUCGAGUUAAUGAUUACAAAGGUGGCACUUUACGAAGCUUUUGCGGGAGUCAAAGUGGCCAUUGAUCUUCAAGAAGAGCUUUUUACUUUCUUUGUAACUUUGUUUGAUCUGAAUGAAUAUGGGAGUGCCACUCAAAAGCCACGUAACGCAAUUUCCUCUAGUGACCGAUUAGCGGCUGAAGAAACGGAAUCAGAAAAAGGAAGCCUACUUACUUUUUCAAAGAGCAUUUCCUCAAAGAAGCAUGACUCAGACGCUGAACGGUUUGGCACGAACGAUUAUAGGGAUGACUAUAGAGAUGUAUUGCAUGGACGCCGCUCUAACACUAUUUCUGCUUUUAAUCAAAAAUUAUGGCUUACUGCAGCCAAUUUAUUUGUUAAGUCUAAACAAUAUGAUCAAGCUCGUGGUGCCCUUUUAGAAGCAAAAAAGCUUAAUGCUGACUCUCCUGGAUUACAUCUCGUUUAUGGGUACUCACUUUUAGCACAAAACAGAGAGAAAGAAGCUGUGGAGCAGAUUGAAUUAGCUUUGUAUUUAGAUCCACAUGAUCCUAUCAUAGCAACAACUCUAGCCAAGGUUUUAUUAACUUCUAAGGAUGAUACACGCAAUUCUCGUGACCGUGCGGACUCCUUACUUUCAGAAACCACAUUACAAUAUGGAUGGGAUUUACCCGAAGCUUGGUUCUACUGUGCUGAAUUGUAUCAACAUUUGGGUGACGAAAAGCAAGCAGCUUUUUGCUAUGACUACUGUAUACAACUAUCUGAUACGAAUCCAAUUAGAAGAUGGAAUAAUGUCCAACCACGCUUCAUGAACGUUAGCUCUCUUUAA